UGAUUAAUAAAUCAUCCAGCCAGAAUGAGUCAGAGUACUAGUGAGGCAUUAAAGAACAUUAAGAACAAGCAACGGAGGCAGAAAGUGUUUGCUGAGUUGAAACAUGCCAAAAAUAAAGAACGUCAUACUAAAAGAUCCGAACGAGCUAAAGAAGAAAGAGCAGAUCCAACUUUAAGAGAAGAAAGAUUAGCAACUAAUAUACCAGAAACCAUUGAAAGUAAAAGAGUUUAUGAUGAAACCAUAACUGCUGAAGUUGAAGGAGUAGAUGAAUUUGCUCAAUACUUUCUUAGUGGAAAACAACCUAAAAUAUUACUUACAACUUCUGAAAAUGCAAAGAAAGUAGCUUAUGAAUUUGCUGAUAUUCUUAUGGAUUUUUUACCAAAUGUUACAUUUAUAAAGAGAAAGAAGGAAUAUAGUAUGGUUGAAAUAGCCCAAUAUGCAUCUAAACGAGAUUUUACUGAAUUAAUAGUUAUUAAUGAAGAUAAAAAGAAAGUAACAGGAUUAACAUUUAUUCAUUUACCUGAAGGUCCAACAUUUUAUUUUUCAAUAACAUCAUUAAGAGAUACUAAACAAAUUGAAGGUCAUGGACGUGCUACUAAUCAUAUUCCAGAAUUAGUUUUAAAUAAUUUUAAUACUAGACUUGGUAAAACAAUCGGAAGAUUAUUUCAAUCAAUAUUUCCUCAUACACCAGAAAUUCAAGGUAGACAAGUUAUAACAUUACAUAAUCAAAGAGAUUACAUAUUCUUUAGAAGACAUAGAUAUGUAUUUAGAAAUGAAGAAAAAGUUGGAUUACAAGAAUUAGGACCUCAAUUUACAUUAAAAUUAAGAAGAAUGCAAAAGGGAAUUAGAGGAGAUACUGUAUGGGAACAUAGACCAGAUAUGGAACGUGAUAAGAGAAAGUUCUAUUUAUAAUUUAUAUUAUAUAUUAUACCUAUCAUUUGUCUAAUAGAAUAUAUAUAGGAUUUAGCAUGUAUAUAAUAUAGCAUGUAUAUAAUAUAGCAUGUAUA